AUGGGAGCUCGCACCAAUGGCGAAUCCGUCAACUGGUACGGAUUCAAAUUCAGCUGGACGCCGUACCAUCAGAUGCCGGAUGAACUCAGCCACUACCUUCAUACGUUCGAUCAUCUUUCCGCACAAGCGCUUGAUGCCUUUGAUCCAUUAUGCCCUUCCUCGAGGAAGGAUAACCCUCACUCAAAGGACACGUUCAAUAUUUUGAAAGAGUGCGCCCACGAAGAUCCCCAUGUCCGUGAACUGUUGCAAGAGAUCUAUACUAUACCACCCUGGAUCGAUUGGGAUCAGAUCGAAAGAGGCCAAAGAGUACUUUGGAGAUAUGCUUUGCCCUCUAUCACUUGUUUGAUAUACAUGUCAUUACUUGGUGGGAUGUCAAGUUCUCGGACUGUGGAAACCCUCGACCGGACCGGAAGCUUCGGGUGUUCGUCUGUUCGACGACGUAUUCUUGAAACAGCCCAACAUGCGCUUUAUGUACACAAAGAUUUGAAAUCAAUCCAGCCUGGUGGCGAAGGCUGGGAAUCCUCGAUACGAGUACGCUUAUUACAUAGCUCCGUUCGUCGCAGGAUUAUGCAGCUUGCCAAAGAACAUCCAGACUACUACGAUAUCGACAAAUACGGUAUUCCGAUCAACGAUCUGGACUGCAUCGGUACGAUCAGUCUAUACAGCUCUUGCAUGAUAUGGCUUGGUCUCCCACAGCAGGGAAUCUAUCUCUCAGAGUGUGAGACGGCAGAUUAUCUAGCCCUCUGGCGCUACGUGGCUUAUCUCAUGGGCGUUCCGCACGACUGGAUGAAGACGCCGCAGGAAUCCAGAGCAAUGAUGGAAUCACUGCUAAUAUCUGAAUACAAGCCCAGCAAAAAGUCCUCAAUAUUAGCCAAUAAUAUUCUCCACGGGAUCGAAGGACAGCCACCGAUGUACGCAUCCCGACAAUUUCUCGGUGCUCAAGCCUGGUGGCUGAACGGGUCAGAGCUGUCCCAAGCUCUGGGAAUACUGAGGCCAAGCUUGUACUAUACCGCACUCAUGGCUUCUCAGUGUUUCUACUUCAGAAUACUAUCAUCUAUCAUUGCAGCCAUUCCAUUUUUGGAAAGCAUCACCACCAAUUUUUCGAAGAAACUUUGUCAGGAUAUCUUUGUAGAAGAUAAAAACUUGGGUGCUCUUGGCUAUAAGACAAAGUUUACUUUUAAAUGGAUUCCGAAUUUGAUCCGCACUACCACUCCGCCAGGCGGAUCGAACGAUGACCGAGAGAAGCAAUCGGCGGGUUUCAACAGCCAUCUUCUGGAACGCGUUGCCCUACUAAAUUUGAUGUUCAUCUCCAUUGUUGGUAUUUAUUUGGGAUAUCUGUUUGUAAGAGCGAUUCAUUGUAUUUAUUUCUUCUUUUUAUUUUAA